GCGGCGGCCCGGCGGCGCGGGGCUGGGGGGCGGACUGGCGGGUGUGCGGCCCCGCCGGACAGUGCGUGCUACCCGGCGUGCCCGACGGCCACCGCGGGACACACGACGAGGCAUAAGCCUCGCCGCAGACUACUUUAAGAAAAAUGGCCCUGUCAGCCCAGCAGAUACCCAGAUGGUUCAACUCAGUUAAAUUGAGUACCUUCAUUAAUGCUGCACAACUAACAAAAUGUUUUCCAAGACCAGGAAAAACAUUGUUGCAUGGCUUUUCUGUUCCGUCUCAGAUGUCCUCUGACAAUUGCUUUCCCCAGUGGGGAUUUAAGACUUAUAGAACUUCCUCCUUAUGGAAUACUUCCCAGUCUACCAACUUAAAUGGACAAGAGAAUAAUUCUACCCAAAGCACUCUGCUUCCUUCUGUGAAUGAGCGGUUACAGAAGACACAAAAGAUAUCUAGCUUUGAUUCUGAGCUGUCUCUAGAAGAACUGGAUGAUUUGCCUCCACUGUCUCCAUUGCAGCCAAUUUCUGAGGAGGAGGCUGUUCAGAUUAUUGCAGGCCCUCCAUUGCCCCCAGUUUCCUUCACUCUUCGGGACUAUGUGGAUCAUUCUGAGACUCUGCGGAAGUUAGUGCUUCUAGGAGUGGAUUUAUCCAAGAUAGAAAAACAUCCAGAUACAGCAAACCUUCUUCUGAGACUGGAUUUUGAAAAAGACAUUAAGCAAAUACUCCUGUUUCUUAAAGAUUUGGGUAUAGAGGAUAACCAACUGGGAACAUUCCUGACUAAAAAUUAUGUUAUUUUCUCUGAAGACCUUGAAAAUCUUAAGACCAGGGUGGCGUAUCUACAGUCAAAAAAUUUCAGUAAAACAGAUAUUGCACAGAUGGUCAGAAAUGCACCAUUUUUGCUGAGUUUUUCCGUGGAAAGACUGGAUAACAGAUUGGGAUUUUUUCAGAAAGAACUUGAACUUAGUGUGAAGAAGACUAGAGAGCUGGUAGUUCGUCUCCCAAGGCUACUCACUGGAAGUCUGGAGCCCGUGAAAGAAAAUAUGAAGGUUUAUCGUCUUGAACUAGGUUUUAAACGCAAUGAAAUUCAACAUAUGAUCACCAGAAUCCCAAAGAUGUUAACUGCAAAUAAAAGGAAACUUACAGAGACUUUUGAUUAUGUGCACAAUGUGAUGAGCAUUCCUCACCACAUCAUUGUCAAGUUCCCACAGGUAUUUAAUACAAGGUUGUUUAAAAUCAAAGAAAGACACUUGUUUCUUACCUAUUUAGGAAGAGCACAGUAUGAUCCAGCAAAACCUAACUACAUCUCUUUAGACAAAUUAGUGUCUGUUCCUGAUGAGAUAUUUUGUGAAGACAUUGCCAAAGCGUCAGUACAGGACUUUGAGAAAUUCUUAAAAACUCUUUAAUUUUUGAUGAAUGUUAAAUGUAAUAUUGCAAAG